AUGGGAGCUGCCGGCUGUUGGUUCUGUUUGAUCCUCGGGCUGCCAGGUUUGGCCCUGGCUACACCAAACUGCACAGUUUGCGAUGGAUCUGAAAGUCUUUCCCUCCGGCAAUUGCGUGGUGUGAAAACCAGCAUCACCACAGAGGCAUGGUCAUUCAAGGACCCCAAUCCGGAUUUGCUGCGUUGGGAUCGAAUCAUUACAGAAGCUGUUGACUCCCCUAGUGGGCAGAUCAACCGCACCACGUACAACGGAUGGCUCAAAGUGCCCUUGGUACAUGACACUGCCCUACUGCAAUUUGAGAUGCCACCAUUUGUGUGCCUUCGAGUGCGUGGAAUAGCUUCACAAGUUCAACCAGCAAGGAACGGACCCAUACUGGCUCAUUGUGGCGGGCCGUUGACAGGAAGAGAGUGCGCACAAGAUAUGAGCGAGGUGAGUUUUCUGGACAUUGAUGGACAGCAUGAAAUCAUAUCUCAUUUUGACCUGAUCUCCAUUGAUCAGCGAGGGGUGCUGUCCACUCAGGACACUUAUGAGAGACAAGGAAAGUGGGGUGUACCCCCUCCUUGUCCUUUCGAAGAGUCCGGACAAGCCCUCAAACCAUUUCCAGAAGUGUAUUGCGAUGAGGCCGCCAAGCACAACCUGGGCUCCGUAAAGCAAGUACUGGAGCAGUUGGUGACUGUAGGGCACAAUCAAUCCAUGGAAGAGCUGGCGCGAACCUAUGUCCUGCCCAUCUAUUUGAACAGGGGCAUUCCAGUUUCCGUGCUAACCGAGGGCAAUGAAUCCUUUGUGCGAUGGUACUAUCGUUUGGUGCGACUGGAACACAGCUUAUGCUUUGAAGCCCCACGUUACAAGAUCCAGGCACCCAACGGCCGCAUGUACAAUACAUUGCAAUUUGCUGGGACGAUUGACCUCGCCUACGAUAUUGACCUACUGCGACAGGCCAUCGGUGCAGAGAGGAUGUCAUUGUACGGAGUCUCCUAUGGCACAUCAGUGGCCGGGGUCUAUGCCACCGUCUUCCCGCAGCACACCCAUCGGGUGGUCAUGGAUGGUGCCUUGCACCCAGCCCCUGACGCGGCUGUGCGCGGUGAGAGUUUUGCCUUCGCUUCGCAAUCCUUUUGGGAUGGCAUUGUCCGCGACUGUGAGGCCAGCGUACUUCGAAAUCUCUCCCAAGAGGAAGUCUGCCCGGCAGCACCCGAAGUGGCGCUAAAGGCGCAGAAGGUUUUGCAUGGAACCAAUCGAACGGAAGCCAAUUCCUUGCUACUACUGAUCUGGGCUGCAUCCUACUACGAAUCCUGGGCCCCCCUUGCAAUGGCAUGCAUUCAGCAGUUUUUUUCUGGCAAAGAUGUGCCGGGCUGUCGCGAACUUAAAUCGAGAAAGGCCGUGAAUUUGCUCCAGAGUCUGCAGAGUCUGCGAAAUGCUCCUGACCCUGGCGACCCUGGCUUUGGAUCUCGUGGAUCUCAUCCAGACUGGCAGCACGCCCUAAAGGACAUCGUUCGGAGCCGGAACGAGAGCACCCCGGUGGAUCGCUUCCUGUUUGGGUUGCCGGCGGUAGUCAUGGGAACUGACACUGCGGGGCGCUUGGAUGAGGAGGAGCUGGUAACGUGGUGGAAGAGAACCAAGGAGCGUGCGCCCAUUGGUAUCAUUUGGGCCUUGGAUUGGAUGGUUGCGAUGGUCACAUGGCCCGCCUAUGCGCGGCCAGUUCCACCUGUGGGGGAUGCCAGUUUGGAGCCGGUCAUCAUUGGAAACCUCCAUGAUCCGCGAACAGCUUAUGCCAAUGCACAGGAGUUGCGACAGGCAUUUCCUGAAGGUUACUUGGUCACCUGGCAGGGCUAUGGACAUGGCUUAAAAGACUCCCAUACGAGCCAGCAAGGUGCCAGCAUUCUUAGGGAGUACGAGAAGUCAAGGGCUGAAAACAAGUUGCCGGAAUACACCAAUGCCGUGGCGAAGUAUGCUUGUAUUUCCAAGGUUUUUCACUAUUUGGACACAGGAGAGGGAAUCCGAGACGGCCACACGUGUUUGUUGCCGGAAGCAUUAAACUUGGGGAGCGCCCGUGCUGUAUCAAAGGCUCGAGAGCUGAUCACCUGGUUUUCUCAAAGGAGCUUUAGGCUCAAGCUCAGCCAAUUUCCAAUUCACUUUGGAGCUUGGGCACCAUGGCUUGAUCCCUUGAACCACAUGAUGGGUCACGUGGACAAGGGGUCCAGCUGGCAGAAAAAGACAAGGACUACAGUCCACUUUGCUGCUGCUCUAUGGCGGUCGCCUGAGUUUUUCUUACAGGAGGGUUUGGCUGCUAAGGAGUCGAUGAGACAUCAGAUCUCUUCGCAUCAAUUCCAGCGGCGCGACGGGAAUUCGGAGGUAGCCGAUGGGCCUUUUCCCCCUGGACAUCCUCAGAACCCACAGUGGAUUGAAAAGGUCAGCAAGCAUCUCUUGGAUGAAGGUUUUACAUUGAAAGGCUUUCAAGCUUCGCUUCAUAUGCUGGUGCUGGCAUCUGUUUGCAUGUUCACUGCCAGCAAGCACAGUGUGUGGACCUUCACCGAGCCAAUCGCCACAAGCCCUGCCGCAUUUGUUUUGGAGCAAGAGGAUGCGUACUGGUUGCCAGUGCUGGGAUCAGGAUCUCUACUUGGGAUGUUCCUGGUAUUGAAAUACCUCAGCAUCGAUUGGGUCAAGACACUGUUGCAGCUCUGCAUAGUGGGAUCCUGCACUGUUGGUGUGACUGAGAAUUUCGAGGAGUUCUGUAAGUUCAUAAGUCCAAACCAAGAGAAUUCCAAGAGUAUGUCAUCAGAAGCUUCUGAAAAGUCUGCUCAACCUACAUCCCCUUCGUCUAACGUCCGUACCACCAUCCUCAAGUGCAUCAUUGGUCUUGGCUUAGCGGUGGCUUAUGUCACAACGAAGCACUGGAUUCUCAACAACAUCAUGGGUUUGUCCUUCUGCUUAUUGGGCAUUAGGCACAUCAAUUUGUCGAACUUCCGCACUGGAGUUGUUUUGCUCGCUGGCCUCUUCGUUUACGAUGUGUUCUGGGUCUUUUUUAGCAAGCCGCUCUUCGGUUCAAACGUCAUGGUCUCCGUGGCCAAGGGCAUUGAGGCGCCCAUGAAGCUGAUGCUUCCGAGAGACUUUGGAGGGCGUGGAGAUUUCAAGUUUAGUAUGCUUGGCUUGGGAGAUAUUGCUGUUCCGGGCCUCUUUUGUGCCCUGCUUGCGAAGUGGGAUGCGGUGAAAAUGGCUGAAGGCUCCAGCCACGGUUUUACCUAUUUGAACAUCAUCCUCUUGAUGUACAUCUUGAGCUUGGUCACCACCAUUGCAGUCAUGGUGGUCUUCAACCACGCGCAGCCGGCCUUGCUGUACAUUUGCCCCUAUCUGCUGAUCGGCUCCGUGGCCGUGGCGUUUCGUCGUGGUGAACUUUCAGAGCUCUUGGCCUUCAGCGUGCCGCAGGGUGAAGAGAGCUCCAAGAAAGCGAGUGGCGAGGUUGAUAGCCACAAGAAAAGCACAUGA